AUGAAGAAGCUCUAUCGGAAGAGCACGGUCCACCCGACGCCGUCGGUCGUUUCCGAGCAUCUCCUGUCCUUUCUGCCGGCGGCGAUUCUGGCCCUCACCGCCGCCCUGUCUCCGGCGGACAGGGAGGUCCUGGCGUACCUAAUAUCCUGCUCCUCCGCCAGCCUUUCCAGCAGCAGCCGCAGGAGCGGCCAGAAGUCCUCCGUAUCGGCCGGCGUUGCAGCCCGCGGCGGCUCCAAGGGAGACGACCACCCGUCGUGCUUCAGCUGCAACUGCUUCCGGUGCUACAUGAGCUACUGGGUGAAGUGGGACUCGUCUCCCAACCGGCAGCUCAUACACGAGAUAAUCGACGCUUUCGAGGAGAGUCUGCUGAAGGGGAGUAAGAAGGAGAAGAACAAGCGGGAGAGGAGGAAGGGCAAAAAUGUCCAGGUGAAAAUUAGUGCUGGGAUACUGGCUGUUGAGCCUAAAAGCCCUGAGACGGUCGCUGCUGUGCCGGACUUCAAUUAUGGGGAGUCAAGCUUGGCGGCAGCGGGUGGAGGCGCCGGCGAGAUUGGCGACGGCGGCGCCGGAGACGAGGAUAUUGAUGAGGAGGCAGAGGAGGAGGAGAUGGAGAAGGGUUCGGUUAGGAGACUUGUGAGCUUUCUCGGGGAGAGGAUAUGGAGCGUUUGGGGUUGA